UUGGGGCUACAACUAAGUUCGGGAAGAACUAAUUAAUUACAAAUUAUUGCAAUAAAUAUAUAAAAAUGAAUUUAAUCAUUAAAAAGAAGAGUUCAAAAUCUGAACUCAUUCUUUUCCGACUGGUGUUGCAAUUGAUCCUUCUGACCGUAUUACUUGAUUUGACUCAUGCCAGUGUAUAUUCAUAUUCAAAGCGAUACAGGAUCCGAACACCGGGCAAAUGUGAAUUUAAUACUUACACGUUUUUUAAUAAAAGUUACUGUUAUAGAGGUCCAGAUGAAACCUGUAACCAAAACUAUCCUUAUGACAUGUGUUCUCCACAAGUUCCCUGCUCCUCUUGUAAUAGGUGCACAGGUUGUUAUUAUUAUAAUGAAACUGAUAUUAAUACAGGAGAACUAAUAAAAGGAAAAAAGAAUUGCAGUACUUCAGACAUUUUAUGUACCCGUAGGAAUGAUUUAGACAAACGUUGGUUUCGACAUUUUCAGCCAAAUCUGUUGGAUUAUAUUAAUAACUACCUAUAAACAGUGAUCUG